AUGUCACAGGAAGAAAAACAAUCUACCAAAUUCAGGAUUAAUCAGAAAUUUAAUUUUCCCGGGGUUUUAGACUUUGUGGAUGGCACACAUGUACGCAUAAAAUGUCCACAAGCAAAUCCGGAAUUCUAUUAUAAUAGAAAGGGAUACCACAGCAUAAACGCCAUGAUAAUUUGUGAUGAUGAGCUUUUAAUCCGCUUUAUAGAUGCUAGGCAUCCUGGAAGUAACCAUGAUUCCUUCAUUUGGAGAGGAAGUCAAGUAAACCAAUUUUUCAAUAGCUUAUAUAGUGGUGGGAAAAGAAAUUUUUGGCUGUUAGGUGACUCCGGAUAUCCGUUAUUACCCUAUUUAAUGACUCCGCUGAGAAAUUGCACAACGGCACAGGAGGAAAUGUACCAGAAAAAUCACAUAAAAGCCAGGAAUUGUGUGGAACGUUGCAUAGGCGUUCUCAAAAGCAGGUUUAGAUGUAUACUGGGGGAAAGAGGACUGCAUUAUGAACCUGAGAAAGUUACCAAAAUUAUAAAUGUGUGCUGUGCGCUGCACAAUGCAUGUGUAAAAUACAGCAGUGAAAUAGAUCUUCCAGAAGCACCCAUUAUUGAUGAUAUUGCAGAUGAUGUUGUGCAUGAGACCAGUAACGUUGCAAAUGAUAUUCGCAGGCGUAUUAUAAUUAAUUUCAAUACUUAA